CCAUAACGCGCUUCGAAGCUAGAUCGAAUUUGAUGCAUUCAACCACAUAAUCACCUACCAUCAGGACCAUCAUAACUGAUACACCCACCACUACAAUUUCACCUUCAACAGUUGCUCGGCAUGCUCUUGGAGGACCAGCGUUAUGUCCAAGAGGACUUGGAACGCCUGGAACAGGGCAUUACUGAUCGCAUGAGCCACGAACCUACCUUUAUACGAGACCGCUUAAAUCGUGACCAUGAAGUCGCGCAGCUCCUUGAACAGAUACAAAAACAAUCCUCCGAGCUCAUCUCCAUGUACGAGGAUGUCAAUGGCCUACGGUCCAAAGAGAUUCAGACUAUUGGCUCGGGAGACCCAUUCGACGAAUUUUACAAGCAGGUUGAAGAUAUCAAGGAACAUCACGCCAAGUACCCGGCUGAACAAGCAGAGAAUCCCGAACUGAGGUAUCGACCCGGACGAGAUGGGCCCGAUUCCACACAGCCGUACGUGGUGGAUACGAUAUUCUCGGGCGAGGAAGCGUUUGGCAAAUUCUUCGACCUUGUGGCGGCUCACGAAGCUUACAUAAACCUCCCCAACGUCAAACACCGUUCCUAUCUGCAAUAUCUCGAAGUGUUUGACGACUUCGCGCCGGGAGCGGGAGGUGUUAAACGUGCAGAUAAGUUGACGGACCAGUACUUCAAGUACGUGGGAGAUUUGGCUGAGUACCUUGAGUCUUUUAUGCGGAGAGCGAGGCCACUUGAGAAUCUCGACAAGCUCUUUGCUUCGUUCGCAACAGACUUUGAGAACCUUUGGGAAAAGGACGAGGUACCGCAUUGGGGACUGGAGAAACCAGAAGCCAAUGGAUCCGCACCACACACUACCAGCACAGCGGAGGCAGUAUGGUGUGACGCUUGCGAGAAGGAGUUCAAGAACGAAAACGUCUACAAGAAUCAUCUUACUGGUCGGAAACAUGUCAAGGCCGCUGAGCAGAAAGCCAAGAGGUUAGAGGAGAACGGCGAGGCCUCUGAAGAAGCCAACACAGACGGCCCCACAAAAGGCAAGAAAGAAUCGGCCACCCGCCUGAAGGAACGCGCAGUAGCGGAACGAGAAUAUCGAGUAACGCGGUUAACAGAGGCGAUGAAGACUGAGCGAGACGAGACAAAGGUCAACGUGGAGCGCAGGCAAGGCAUGACGGAACGAGAGCGACAGCAAGAGCUGGAGAACCUUUACAGCAUAAUGGGAAGUGCCAUAACCACUUAUGGUGCCGGUGGGGCCAAUGGGCACCAGGGUGGCGAGGGUGACGAGGAUGAGGGCGAAGACGGAGAGGAGAAGAUUUACAACCCCUUGAAGCUGCCACUAGCUUGGGAUGGUAAACCAAUUCCGUUCUGGCUAUACCGGCUUCACGGCUUGGGUGUUGAGUUCCCCUGCGAAAUCUGUGGCAAUUUUGUCUACAUGGGCAGGCGGGCAUACGAGAAGCACUUCAACGAGGCACGGCACAUCUACGGUCUCAAGUGCCUCGGUAUCUCCAACACUUCGCUUUUCCGCGAUAUCAUCAGCAUCGAGGAGGCACUCAAGCUAUGGGAUAAAAUUCAGCGUGAUCGCAAGCGUAACAUGGGCGAUGAUGGUAGCGUUGUACAGAUGGAGGAUGCAGAGGGUAACGUGAUGCCGGAGAAGGUGUACUACGAUCUUCAGAAGCAGGGACUAUUUUACUUAGUCGCUUCCUUCGUGCGCGCCUCGAUUUGGGCGCCAAACAUCGCGCCAAUGGACGUUUUCUUUUCGACACCCAGCAACCAAACAGACGGCGUGGUUGAUGGUCGUGCAGGGUCUUUUGAAACAAUGACCACUCCUGGAUUGAUAUUCCUUCUUUCUUUGUCUGUUUCCCCGCAGAUCAGACUUACUGCGAUCAAUGCUCCUCAAACGGCGAGUCUUGUUCCACUCUCCCAUUUUCAAGAUGCUAACCCGAUAGAAGAAGUCUUCGCCACUGGAACUCUGUCCAUAUUUGGGAAAAGCUCCCAACGAAGCCCGAAUAAUUUGGGAAGUCCCUGCCCUAUUGGCAUGAACUGGGGCGAAAGCCGCGUCCCGCACGUCCGCCCCCGGACCAACACAAAUUUCCAAGUGGUUCGUGUGUGGGCGUGUGGUGUGUAUACCUUUGUCUCAAGGCUCGUAUGGCGUUUUACAUAUCAUUUGUCCAGUACCGAGGGAGCUCAUAACCCGUACAACACGGCCAUGGACUUCUACAAGGAAAAGGCGACGCAACUAUUACUUGAGCACCGGGAGGCACACACAAACCCGGACUUUUCUCCUCUGGCUUGCAGUUGCCAGUGUACUAAAUUCCCCAAGGAUGGCACAUUCACAUAUAGAGAGAUCAACCAUGUCAUGGCACGCAUCGUCGACGAGAAUGGAUCGGUGGACCUUGUCAACGCACUAAUCAGGAUGGGAGCCGAUGUCAACGUCACACGGCGAAGUUCAACAAGCCUCUGGAAGAAGGUAGCCAGGCGACAUCAGACUCCAGAACGCAGCGAUUUGCUCCAGGUCGCCACGGUGCGAUGUCGGCCCGAGCUUGUAGAGGUUCUCGCCGCCCAGGCAGACCAAGCCAACCUCGACAAUGCCUUGCGAUAUGCUAUACUGCGUCGGGACCUUCAUGUCCUCCAAGUCUUGCUAGACGCCGGCGCAGACCCAGCAGAGCUGCAUGAUGAUUUUGAAAAGGCAGUCAUGCUUGGUGAGACGGAACCAAUAGCCCUGCUUUUGGCAGGUCCAAAAAAACCCUGUAUCGACUGCAUAUCAGGAGCAUUGACCGUGGCCAUCAAGGACGGGGCCUCCAAGAUACUGGAGUUAUGUAUGGCAGCCGGCGCCGACCCGAACCAUCUCGGGGGUCAGGCUUUGGUUGCUGCGGUUGAGGCAAAGAGAAGUGACUAUCUCGAAAUUCUCCUGUCAAGCCGUCGUGGGAGGCUAGCCAUGAUGAACUCCCUAGACGCAGCAGUUGGUGUCGCCCAUCAACAUUUAUCCCGACAGGACGACGAGACUUUCCGAGAACUGCUUGAGAUGUGCCUACUCUCCGGUGCGGCCGGCGAACGAACCGAACGACUUUUCACAUCAGGCCUUGUUAACUGCGUCAAAAAGAAGAAUCAACAGCUCUUGGACCUCAUCUUACAAUAUACGCAGCCAAUCGAUCCUUACCACACUCUGGCUGUACUGGAAGCCAUCAAAAGCUACCAGACGGUGAUUCUCGCGCAGCUGCUCAGGAUGAAGCCUUCUGAUGAUUGCCUUGUUGCUGCUAUGUCUCAAGGAAUGCGUGUUGCGGAUAGUGAGGUUAUGUUCGAAAUUAUCGCCUUGCUAUUGUCUCUUGGCGCCAGAGGUCCAGCAGUAUCUGCCGCUUUUGUCACCUGUGUCGGUCUCCUUGGCGACAAUUUCGAUCUGCUACAUGUUGAGCUCGGCAGACUUCUCUUGGAGCAGGGCGAUGCGGACGUUAAUUACGACGACGGUGCAGCUCUUCGAAUAGCAAUCUCGGCGGGUCUCAUGGGCAUAAUAUGCGACAUCAUGGAUAAGCGGCCCAACCAAGCCACCCUCGGAGCUGCACUACCGGUCGCAAUGGCCAUGGAACCAUCCAAGAAGCUCGACGUUGUUGAAAUGCUGCUCAAAGCAGGAGCCAGCGGCCUGGUAGUCGAUUGUGCGCUGGUGGAUGCGGUGAACAGCGCGCCCAAAGAUACGCCCCUGGUGAAGCUUUUGCUCACUCGUGCGUCGGUCAACCACCAAGGUGGCGAGGCUCUCGUCGGAGCUAUCCACAAUCAAGAUUUCGACAUUAUUGCGCUCAUUCUCGCUCAGCGCCCUGAUCGCGAGGCCAUGACCGCUGCCGCGAAAGCUUCCUUCCUGCUUCCAAAGAAUGAGAGGCGAGAGACAAUCCGCGUCCUCAUUCCUAGGUUCCAUAGCGAGCACCUAAAUUUCUGCUUGAAACAGGCGAUACUAUCAACAAAGAAAGACACAGACCUCGUUGAGCUACUUUUGGUUUCCGGAGCUGAUCCUCGCUGCGACGGAGGUGCUUGUCUAAAGAUUGCCGCUUCUUCGUUUGAUGUCGCGCUCCUCGAGCUGCUUGCCCAGAAGAUUGGCAAAGAUGAUCGACUAUUUACCGAGAUAUUCGACCACCUCAUCUCACAGGGCGAGGAAUGGCUGGCACAUUCACAUAUCGACGUUGUCGAAUUAAUCUUACGUUUCGGUGCUUCUGGUAUAGUUUUGAGCAGGGCACUGAUCGACGCUGUUCAGGCAAUGUUCCCCGUAAGACCUGGCGGUAGCCCUAAAAGUCGAAGUCCACGAAGUCCGAUGAGCCCUUGCCGACACUCUAGUGCUCCCCCGGAAGCCAUUCUUGACUUGCUACUCAACCACGGUGCCAGCACCAACUAUGAAAGCGGGAAAUCCGUCCAGUUGGUGGCAAGGAACGGUGAUCGACACCUCCUAAGAAAGCUACUUGAUACCAAGAACUGUGCUAGUCUGCAGACGGCGACCACGGCUCUUUAUGCCGCUAUCAGUGCAGGCCACACCGAAGCGCGGCUGCUUGAGUUGAUUGACGUCUUUGCCGACAAGUUCACUGUUGCUCCUGACUUUAGCAGUCAGGGUAUAUACGAUGGGAUGCUCCCACCACUGUAUUUGUGCUUGGAGAAGUACCCUCGCUCGACUGUGGUCAUGAACCGAAUCAUCAGCGCUGGUUGUGACUUGUCACAGACGGUCAGGAUCACAUAUGCUCCCACGUCAAACGGAGAGGUACAAGAGCAAUCAUCAGAUUACGAAGCCGCGAACGUGUUGAUAUGGGCCCUACUCCAGACUUCCAGCAAAACGAGCUCUGCCGUGAUUGCACAGCUGGCCAAGCAAGGAACCGAUGUCUCCUUUGUCACUGAAAAAAGUAAAGUGACGCCCCUGAUUGUCGCUGCUAAAACAAAUAGACCAGAGCUGGUGGAUGAGUUCCUCAGGCUCGGAGCUAGGGCAACCGUCCAAGACUCGCUGGGACGGUCUGCUCUUUUCUAUGCUGCGCGGAUGGGUAGUCACGAAUCUGUUGUCUUGUUGCUCGACAAGAAUCUUCCCAUCAACGACGGUAGUCUGCACGAGGCCUCGCGCAACUUCCACGUCGACGUUAUGCAUAAGCUCAUUGAGGCUGGUCACGACCCUGACUACAGGUCAAACAAACACGGCGGUCAUACGGCACUUACCGUAAUGGCGAGCCGAGGUAUUAUUCCGGCAGAUCCAGAAAGGGCAGAGGCAGCGGUGGACAUUCUCAAACGAUUCAACGCAAGUCCACUGUUGAAGGUUCAUGGCAGGACUGCUGUGUUCAUGGCUCUCGACAACAUUGUCGACAGUGCAGGACCAGAGGCAAUCACGACUCUGCUACUAGAUCGACUCUUAUGGAAGACACUUAACGACGAGAAGAACGUGUACACCGACCAGCAGGGAUACUCUUUUUCACCAACCAUGUAUAUCAAAAAGGGCCUGUCUCGUGCGCACGAGUCGCAACAUGAGGUGUUGCUCUCUCUUCUCCGUGGCCAGGGUGCGAUAGAUCGAUUUUACGCGAGCAUAGAGGCAGAGCAGCAGCCGGUCGAUGCUGUCGGUAUGCCAGACGAAAUCCGCGAGCAGGAGAAGGAGCGACGGGCUCGCAGGCUACGACAGCAGCGUGAAGAUGACGACCACACACGGCGGUUGCGUAUGGAGGAGGAGACGACUAUGCAUGAGCUUCGUCUCUCAGGGGCGCGGCGCUUUGCAGAAUACGAUCACAGUGACAGGCUGGCCGAUCAGCAACGGCGGAACCGGGGUCUUGACCAUGCCUUGGAUAUGCAGAUCGAGCUGGACAAGCACCUCAACACUAGCACUAUUCGAAAGGGGGAGGCAGAUACAACUGCAGCGAUCGAGUGGAACAAGCACAUGGACGGGGAGGAGAUGAGACGGCAAAAGACCGAGAGCGAUUUUGAAUACCGCGUCCGCGGGCGCACGAUCCAGACCAUGGAGGAAAGGGCCGAGCUGGAGAUGCAAGGUGCGCGAUAUGCGCUAGAGGCGGACAAGCGGGCAAGAGAGCUGGCCCUCAAGCAGUGGAAUUCAUCUCGUGUGCACGAGAUCAGUCUUCAGAAGGCGCGCGGCGAGGCUGAACUCAAUGUGUGGCAGCGCAAUGCGCUCGCUGCCGGAGAGACGAGGAAUAUGAGGGAACGAGAUGCCGUGCAAAGUGCACGCGACGGCAGAGCCAUGAUGGACCGUUGGGCGCAACACAACAUGCAGGUCGUUGAGAAGGCUGGGCCCGGCUCAGCUGGUGGCUGGGUGCCCCCGUCUGCUGCAGUCGACAUGGUUGCUUCCUGGACGGGUGCCGGCCGCAACGGAAGGAGUGCGGAACCCAGGAGCCCAGGACCCAUGCCGAGCAGUGGAGGCGGGGGCGGUGGUGGUGAUGGACAUCUUCCACCAAGUGCUAGAGGAUACCACUCACCACGGGUCAGCUCCGUUAGGGUGAGCGAGGGGCCUGUCAGGAGGGCCAUUGCUGGGUGA